AUGCCCACUCCCAGCCACACCUCCACAUGCCCAAUCCGCCGCAUACUCAAAGGCGAAUUCACGGACGACAACGAGCUCCUCACUCUGUGCACUGGGCUUACCGUCGCCCAGGUCAAGGUCGGAGUGACCGAGUACCUGGCCGACAUGGCGAGCCACGUCCCGCCUGCCCACCUCCUUGAGAUGUUCGCUGCUCGGGAGAAGACUCUCAAGACCGUCCUCGCCAUCCUCGGCAACGGUGCGGUCGGCACCGAGGUCACCGAGGAGGAGGCCGAGGGUCGCAAGAACGCAGCCUUGACGGCCAUCUGCUGCGCCUCCAAGGUGUGCAAGAUGGUCCCUGAGGCACACGACGAGGUCCAGGACAUCUUUACGGCGACUGUUUCCGAGACUUCGCUUCUCAACCUGGCGAACGGUGCCAACGUCCUAAUCUACAACCUCUGCGUCGGCGUCAUCAGUCAUGCGACUGCUGGUUGCCGUGAGAUCACGGAGCUUCUCGGGCAGUACUGUGCCAACAACGACACCAACGCCGUCGGUAUCUAUGUUGCGGGACUUAGCAAGACAUUCACCACCAUUCGCGACUACCGCGUCGCCGAGGUCACCAUGUUCAGGUUGAAGAUGGAGACCGUCUUCAAGGACGUCGUCUCGACCAACGUUAUCCAGAAUCAUAACAAGAUGAUGUUUACUGCGGAGAUGGCUCGUCUUGGCCCCAUGGCGAAAGAGCUCGGUGUCGCCCUGGAUGAUCAGUUGUCUUAG